GGGGCGCCCUUGUCCCCUCCUCGCAGGGCAGCUGGAGAUCCCCGUGCCGUGAGGAGGCGCCGCACAGACGUGAUGACAUCCGCCCGGUAUUCCUGGACCGUGAGCGCCGUCAUCUCACAAAACAGAGGACAGCAGAGCCAACGCGCUAUACUAUAUGUAUAUAUACUAUACUAUAUGCUAUAUGUACUGUAAUAUUGCUGCCAGCUAGAAAAGGCGUUCGCCAUACUGCGAGGUGUAAGAAAAAAAACCGUUUUCCCAAAGCCGCAGUUGAGAGCGGGAGAUUGAGUGAGCACGGAACUGCUGCAAAGCUAAGCAGUGAAUUUGACUUCUUGUAUCUGGGCGUCGACGCAAGAGCAAUAGAGGUGUCAUUCUUUUAUUCCCACAGCGAUUAACCCGCUCUGUUUGGACAAGUGACUGUCUAUUUCACUGUACCUUUAUUUUCUUUCUUUCCGCCGGGACAGCCGAGCACAGCGGGGGGGGGUGUGUCCCGGCGCAGCCCCGCCCCUCCUCUCACGCACGCGCCCCAACAAUGGGACCCCGUUGCCAAGGCGACCGCUGUCCAGCUCCGCCGCAGACGCGAGCAGGACGGCAUCUUCGCAGAUUGCUCCGCAGGGGCAGAGCAGAGGAACCGGACAUGCGACUCCCUGGGGUGUCGCUGCCCAGCACGCCGGUGUCCGCCGGGAUGGCCCGAGCGGCGGCCCCCGCCCGGAGGAGGUACCUGGUCACCCCGCUGGCGCUGCCCGCCGUGAGCCCGGCCGCCGUCCCGCUGUCCGUGAGCCAGUGCCCCACCCGCAUCAACCCCCUGCACCCCCCCUCGGGCAGGAGGCGCACCGUCAGCCUGGAGACGCUGGCAGCGCACCACCACAACCAGCAGAGGGUGCUGGUGAUGCAGCAGAAAGAGUACUUCAGGUUUCACCAGGCUUGGCAGAGGCCGUUCUACGGCUGCCGCGCAGACAAGGAGGAGUACAGGCAGGAAGUGCGCGAGCUGCUGCAGAGGCAGAUGCUGGAGAAGUGGGAGAGGCAGAGGCAGCUGCUGGCCAGCCAGACGCGCGAGCUCGAGGCGCUGCGCGAGGCGGACCGCCUGGCCCUGACCCGCGAGACGCAGGAGAACCAGAACCGAGCCCGAGCACUGAGCCACUACAGGGAUGAGAACAAGAGGAUGAUGGAGCAGGGCUGGAGGGAGCGUGCUCUGUCCCGUUCUCUGGAGGUGCUGAGAGACAGAGAGCUGCUGCAGUACAACCCCAUCAACUGGAGUGGCACGCUCAAAUAGACACUGGAGCAACACAGGCCAGUCCAAUAGAUACCGGAGCAACACAGGCCAGUCCAACAGAUACCGGAGCAACACAGGCCAGUCCAACAGACACCAGAGCAACACAGCCCAGUCCAGUAGAUACCGGAGCAACACAGCCCAGUCCAACAGAUACCGGAGCAACACAGCCCAGUCCAACAGACAUCAGGGCAACACAGGCCAGUCCAGUAGAUACAGGAGCAACACAGGCCAGUCCAAUAGAUUUGUUUCCAUAACUUUUUAUUUCUUUAUUUGGUUUGUAUGUAUUAAGACCUGUUUAAAUAAAAAUUAAAAAAACA